AUGUUCAUUCGGAUGAUAUUUGUUGUUGCAAUACUUGAUUUGGUCCAAUUAUUUACAAUAACCAACCGUUUGGAAAAAGAAGCAAACUUGUAUGAUGUGGCUAAACUUCAGAAAGGAGAACUUCAAAACAUCGGGGAACAAACAAGUCCAUUGGCGUUAACAUCUGAAUCUACGAACAAUGGCAUUUUGAGAGCCAUACGUGCAUCCGACAAACGUGCCAGAAAAUCGAGGCGAAAGGGCCCAAAAGCUAAAAAAGUAGCGUCUAUCCACAUGGUACCGAAAACGGGAAAUAAUCUCCAUCCUAUUAUUGGUUCAUUUGAUCAACAAGGCAACAUAAACAGCGACUGGGAGGCACAAUCACGCGUUAACAUGAAAUUCAUCAUCGACUCGCGCCCCCGUGACGGAUUAAAGUGCUUCAACGAGGCGCUUAUCGUAAUAAAAUACACUGGGAGUUACUUCCUAUACGGUCAGAUAUUUUUCAAUGGGAGAGAUCAUGAGAUGGGUCAUUGUCUAUACGUUGCUGAUUCGUACCGACCUUGUGGGUGUUUACGAGCCUCGUGUGGUGAACGAAAAGUCAUGUGUUCUCGUUCGUCCCCGGGACACCCGAGGCAUUACAACGAACCUCAAAAUGUCAACACUAACUAUGUAGGUGGCGUAAUGUUUUUGAGAAAAGGUUCGACCAUACGACUUGGGGUUGAAUCAAAAUACAGUACAGAUAUGAGUAAAACCAUUGAAAUAGACAAAUCAAUGUGCUAUUUUGGAGCUUUUGCAGUUUGACUUCGCCGACGACGUGACAUGCCUUUUCAUUGGAUGUUAACGCAUGUUAAA